AGAGGAGAGAGGGUGAAAAAAGAUUUUUUUAAAAAAACAUAUACCCGGAGCCUGAGUUCCUGCCAUGAUGUCAAAGGGACAGAAGCUAACAGCCUGUUGAUUUCGUCUCCCAGUCAGACCCAGGGAGAAAAGAGAUCCAGCCCAUCCAGUUGUCUCUCCCUGUGGUCAUGACGGCUUCUUCGCACAGUGACUCUGUGGUGGUCUUAUUUGGGGCAACAGCUGGUGCAUAUGGGGCUAAGCUGGGUUCCGAUGAGAGGGAACUAAUUCUCUUGGUGUGGCAAGUUGUGGAUCUACAAAGCAAGAAGGUAGGGACGCUGCACAAAUGCUUGGUGAAGGCAGACAGCUUGGAGUUGAGUGACCAGUGUCGAGAAGUGACAGGCUUAACCCCCGAGGGACUGAGUAAAGCUGAGCCACUGGAUCGGGUUCUUCAACAGUUCAGUCAGUUGGUAUCCAGUGAUCUGAAGGCAUUGGGGAGAAACUCCUACACAUUCUGCACAGAUGGCCAGUUACUCAUUCGGCAGGUCCUUCAUCCAGAGGCCUCAAAAAAGAAUCUCCUGUUGUCUGAUUGCUUCUAUUCCUUUUACGAUCUACGCAAAGAAUUUCACAACAGCUACCCUAACUCGGCCUCCGUGAAGGAUCAAUCUAUCCAGUCUAUGGCUGAAUAUACUGGCUUCACGAUAGAUGAAACGGAGGAAGAUUUUGGCGUAUGGCAAGUGAAAGCCAUGGUGGCCAUAAUUUUCAACAUGCUUUCAGAUACAUGUGUUGCAGAUCAGACGUUUACUGAUCCGGAGACUGUGAAAUACAAAUAUGAAACGGGACCCUGUAGUAAAUCAGAAACAGUAGACAGUGAAACUGUAAUACGUGCCAGAGGACUCCCUUGGCAGUCUUCCGACCAGGACAUUGCUCGGUUUUUCAAAGGACUUAAUAUUGCCAAAGGUGGCGUGGCUCUGUGUCUCAAUGCCCAAGGAAGGCGGAACGGGGAAGCACUAGUCCGAUUUGUCAACUCCGAACAGAGAGAUUUGGCCCUGGAGAGACACAAGCACCACAUGGGGAGCAGGUACAUAGAGGUUUACAAAGCGACAGGGGAAGAGUUUCUAAAGAUAGCUGGAGGUACCUCCAAUGAAGUAGCCCAGUUCCUAUCCAAGGAGAAUCAGGUCAUCAUCCGGAUGCGAGGGCUUCCGUUCACAGCCACCCCUGAGGACGUCUUGGGCUUCCUGGGGCCUGAGUGCCCUGUCACGGGCGGGAAGGAGGGGCUUCUCUUUGUCAAGUACCCGGAUGGCAGGCCCACGGGCGACGCCUUUGUCCUGUUUGCCUGUGAAGAGUAUGCACAGAAUGCACUUAAAAAGCACAAGGAGAUUCUUGGCAAGCGCUACAUUGAACUCUUCAGGAGCACAGCGGCUGAAGUCCAGCAGGUCCUUAACAGAUACAUGUCAACACCUCUGAUUCCCACACUCCCUGCUCCCAUAAUUCCUGUCAUACCACCUCCUUACACCAUCGCUGCUGGAAGCAUGCGAGACUGUGUCCGACUCCGAGGCCUGCCAUAUACCGCUGGAAUCGAUGACAUCCUGGAGUUCAUGGGAGACGCCACUGCGGAUAUCAAGCCACACGGAGUCCACAUGGUCCUUAAUCAGCAAGGCCGGCCGUCUGGCGAUGCUUUUAUCCAGAUGAAAUCUUCAGACCGGGCUUUCCUGGUGGCUCAGAAGUGCCACAAGAAGAUGAUGAAGGACCGUUACGUGGAAGUCUUCCAGUGUUCAGGAGAGGAGAUGAAUUUUGUUUUAAUGGGUGGCACUUUAAAUCGUAGUGGCUUGUCUCCACCCCCGUGUAAGUUACCAUGUCUUUCACCACCAGCCUACACCGCUUUCCAGACGGCGGCAGCAGCCAUGAUCCCAGCAGAAGCAGCAAUAUACCAGUCGCAAGCGCUCUUACCCCCCAGCAGGACUCAACAGGCUUCAGCUGCUGCUGCCGCCGCUGCUGCCGCCGCCACUCCAGCUGUUACUUACUACCCGGCUCAGGCUGCUCAACUUUAUAUGAACUACACAGCUUACUAUCCCAGCCCUCCGGUGUCCCCUACCACAGUGGGUUACAUUACAGCUCCCCCAGCAGCAGUGGCAGCUGCUGCAUCGGCCACGCACACUCCGAUGCUACCCCAGCCUGGUGCUCUUGUCCGGAUGCAGGGAUUGCCCUACAACGCGGGCAUGAAGGAAAUCCUCAGUUUCUUCCAAGGCUAUCAGUAUGCCCCCGAUGACUACAGUGGCCUCGUGCAGCUCAACGACCAAGCCAGGAGUGUGUUACAAGCACCGAAAGAAUGGGUCUGUUUGUAACUGUUUGUAACCUCCAAUGAAGCUCCACACGGAUUCCAUCCUCCUGCUUUACAACUUCAGCGGGCAGCCCAGCGGAGAGGCCCUGGUCACCUUCCCCAGCCUGGACUCAGCAAAGAAAGCCGUGGCUGAGAGGAGUGGACACCUCUUGGGCAGCCACUGUGUGGAACUCUGCCUGAUCUAACCAACAGACUCCUUUACGGGGAGGGACUGACUAAGAAAUUGUGCCUUUUUAGGAAAGCGGUCUUCCCCCAUCAAAGUGCCUUCUCCUCCUGAUGUGAUGGGACAAAUACUCUUUCAAGUGGCUUCAAGUGGGGGAAGGAAUAGGCCAGAACCCCACCACCACCACCACACACACCCCUUCCAGUGAAGUCACUUUGCAGAGAACUCACUUUGUAGAGCCACAGUGCUUGAUUUCAAGAGAGUUGCCCUUAUAAUCUCCAGCCACUGAAUUUGGAAAUCAUGUGACCGCACUUGAGCAGAAGCACCCAUGAUGAGUGCUGCUACUUAUUGUCAUUAUUUUUAAUUUUGCAUAUCAAUUUGGAGUGGAAGAUGAAGCCAACAUUUCCUUCAAAUUAUUGAUUUGUUUUGAAGCUGGACAUGCCAAAUAGGCCCCUGGAACUCCCCAUUUUUUCUCUCUCCAGCGCACCCUGGCAAAUGGUACAAAUAUUUUUUUAUUAAUGUCCCAUAGCUGAAGAGCAGCUUAAGAAGCUGCAUCCAAAUGGAGUAAUUUUCCUUUUUCUAAUGAAAAACAACCCCUCUUUGUGGGGUACAAUGCAAAGAAAUAAAGCCAUAUCUGUCUCUAAACAUUAAAGCUGCCAAUCUGUGAACCAAACCGAACCAAAAAAAUAAUAAUAAUGCAGAAUUUUAAAAAUUUCACUAGGACAAGAAUGGCACGUAACCACUAAGGACUAGUAAAUUAUAUAUUUUGUUUUAUUUAAGCAUCAUAGCUCUCCGAUACUAUGUUAAAAGAUUUUUUUUUGCUAUCGUCUAUGUGCAUGCCAUUUGUUUACAAUAUUAAACUAUACUUUAUUUGUAUAUUACGAAGCAGCAAGGCAACCCGAAGUCCCAGCUAGUGCAUGGUUUGUUUUUUUUAUGUGUGUCUGUAAGUAUACAUGUCUAAAGAAUUUAGUUUUAUGUUGUAUAGUGCGUGUGUGGAAACAUCUACUGUAGAAGCACUAGUGAUUUUGUUUUUACUGUGCCUUUUUGAUCCAAGAUUUUUCUCAAAUGUGCAAUAACAGCAGAGGAAACCAGAAAGGAGCCAGUGUUUUUUACAAGCGGCUCUCAAGGUACCUGUGAACACAGGAAACUUUUUUUGUGUUAAAAGAGUGUACAUCUCUGAGUAGUACUUAAAAAUGGAAAGCCCCUGCCCUCCCCCCUCCCAAAUGAUGAUGUAUGCUUCUUUAUAUAACAAGAA